AUGCCUACUCCACGGGAAGACGACUACUCGGACCGCAGACGGCGGCGGUCACCCGACUCUCGAAGCCCUGAUCGCGACCGCGACCGGCGGCGACGCCGCGACGACGAUUAUGACAGCAGCUCACGCAGACACCAUCGCAGCUCCCGAAAAGACAGUCCCAGACGGGGGUCAUCGCGCAGUCCCUCCAGCCGGACAAGCCAUCGGAAAGAAUAUGAGCGCCGCCACCCCGAACGCUCUGAGCGAGGAGAGGACCUAGACGACGACCGACGAAGACGUAGACACCGCUCACCGGAAGAACGAGAACGCUCACAUCGCAGACAUCGUGAUCGCGAACACAGUCACAAAGAGAGACCCUCGCGGAGGCAUCGGAGUUAUUCAAGGUCACGGUCACCGGACAGACGAUCUGGAACGCCGUCUUCGCGCGCCCCGGCUCGCUCAAAGGCACCGCUGCCCUCUCAACAAGACGCAUACAAGAAUGAAGCUUCGGGCGAGGGUAGCGCCCCGCCGCCAGAGAAGGAGAAGCCCAAUUUCGGAAAUACAGGGCGUCUAGCCGCCGAGAGCAACACGGUUGAUGUCAACGGCGACGCAGUCGUACUUAAAUACCAUGAACCAGCGGAAGCGCGAAAGCCACCGCCGAAGGAGUCCUGGCGGCUCUACGUCUUCAAGGGCAAGGACCUGCUGGAAAUGGUAGAACUGAAUGAGCGGAGUUGCUGGCUUAUCGGGCGCGAGCGACUGGUUGUGGACUUUCCGCUUGACCACCCGAGUUGUUCAAAGCAGCAUGCGGCUAUCCAGUUCCGGCAUGUCGAGAAAAGGAACGAGUUUGGGGAUCGCAUUGGCAAGGUCAAGCCGUACGCGAUUGAUCUGGAGAGCGCCAAUGGCUCAAAAGUUAACGGGGAUGUGAUCCCUGGCGGACGAUACAUCGAACUGCGGGAUAAGGAUAUGCUGCAGUUUGGAAACAGUUCUCGCGAAUACGUCCUUAUGCUCACGCAGCCUGGUUAA